AUGCUGAUCAUGAAUUUCUCCAAGAAUUCACUUAUGCAACUAUCGCAGUUUUCAAUUUUUUCUUAUUCUUAACCAUUGUAUAUAAUUUACAUAUUUAAAAUAGAUCAAUGAGAGCUUGCUUUGUGAUUGAUUUUGAAUAAGUUGGGCCUUUUGAAAAAUCUAGGGAGAUGUUCUAUAUUAUUUUCAGUUCUUAAUAAUUUUCUUUUUCUUUUGAGGAGCCCAAGUAAUUUCGGAUUGAAUAACUACAUAGUUUCCUCAUCCUUAGUGUUAUAAGUCUAAUCUAAUGACAAUAAAGAUAAUAAUUAAGAUCUUUAAUACAAUCACAAUUAUCCUCACUUGUUUUAACUAGAUACUUUUUGCAAGAAGCCUUUUAUCUUAUAGGUAAAAUUACUUAGGCUUCAUUUCUAUUGUUAAUUUCUCCAGUCAAAUUUGUGUGUGAUGCUUUUAAAGAUUGGGCUGUCAGAAAACAAAACCCAAAGUUUAAACUUUUCCUCACCAAAUAUUGCUGUCUACCCUCUAUUGCUAUUUACGAUAAAACCAAACAAAUUGAAGAAGUCCUUUAUGUUGAAUUAGUAAUCACUAAAAAAUAAAAUGUCAUGAUUAAUGUCUGCUUAAAAUUUAUUGAUUACUAUUUAGAACUUUCAGAAGAUGAUUCAAACACUGCUGAACUCUUUGAAUAAAUAAGUAAUUUCAAUCAAAUAAUAAAAUAGGAAAUACUGUUGAUUCAUUCUUAUUGAUCACUUAAAUAUUUAUUUCGCUUCUUUGUGCUAUUGUUUGUAAAGCAAUUUUGAGUAUCAAGUAUCUGUAUUGA